AACCCUGGUUGGUUGGUAAGGGUUUUCUAAUUUCUGGAUCACAAGUAAAGCGUUGACACACCAGUCUACCAUCUUCCAUUUCCAAAACUAGGGUUUCGUUUCCAGAUCCAUCAACCAUGGCUGCAAAACCAGACGCCACGGCGUCCACAUUCUCACUCAAAACCCUCAAACUCAAAACCAAGCAACAAGAGAUCUUAAUCCGAGUCACAAUCCUCUGCCUCGUCUACAUUCUAGCUUUCGUCACUCGAUUGUUCAGUGUUCUUCGUUACGAGAGCAUGAUCCAUGAGUUUGAUCCCUAUUUCAACUACCGAACCACUUUGUAUUUGACGGAGAAAGGGUUUUACGAGUUUUGGAACUGGUUUGACUCCGAGAGUUGGUAUCCACUCGGUAGGAUUAUUGGUGGGACUCUGUAUCCUGGUCUUAUGGUUACUGCUGCUCUUAUUUACUGGAUUCUUAAGUUUCUCCGCUUUGCGGUUCAUAUUCGGGAGGUUUGUGUCUUGACGGCUCCCUUUUUCGCUUCCAAUACCACCAUUGUGGCCUAUUUCUUUGGGAAGGAGUUGUGGGAUUCAGGUGCUGGUCUUGUAGCUGCAGCUUUGAUCGCCAUCUGUCCUGGAUACAUUUCUAGGUCGGUUGCGGGGUCUUAUGAUAAUGAAGGUGUUGCAAUUUUCGCGUUGUUGCUUACUUUUUAUUUGUUCGUUAAGGCCGUGAAUACCGGUUCGCUUGCGUGGGCUCUUGCUUCAGCUUUUGGGUACUUUUAUAUGGUCUCCGCGUGGGGUGGUUAUGUGUUUAUUAUUAACUUAAUUCCACUCUAUGUGUUGGUGUUGUUGAUUACUGGGAGGUAUUCGAUGAGGCUGUAUGUGGCUUAUAACUGUAUGUAUAUAGUGGGAAUGUUGUUAGCAAUGCAGAUUCGGUUCGUUGGGUUUCAACACGUUCAGUCAGGUGAACAUAUGGCUGCCAUGGGAGUGUUUUUCUUGAUUCAGGUGUUUUACUUCUUGGUUUGGGUCAAGCACAUGAUAAACGAUACAAAACUGUUUCAAGCCCUUUUGAGGAUCGGUGUAACGUCAGCGGUAACCGUCGGUGCUAUCGCUCUGGGAUUAGGUACAGCUUCAGGCUAUAUCUCACCAUGGACGGGCCGAUUUUACUCGUUACUGGAUCCCACAUAUGCUAAAGAUCAUAUACCAAUUAUAGCUUCGGUCUCUGAGCAUCAGCCUACCGCAUGGUCAUCUUUCAUGUUUGAUUUCCAUAUCCUGCUUUUUCUAUUUCCCGCUGGUUUAUAUUUCUGCUUCAAACGGUUGUCAGACGCCACCAUUUUCAUUGUAAUGUACGGUCUUACGAGUAUGUAUUUUGCGGGUGUCAUGGUUCGGUUGAUUCUUGUUGCAACGCCUGCUGUGUGUCUUAUAAGUGCGAUUGCGGUUUCGGCUACGAUAAAGAACUUGACUCAAACUCUCAGGGGAAAACCCGCUCAAACGUUGUCUGCUAAGGGAGCAGGCGGCACACGGGGAUCUUCUAAGCAACAAGCGUCGGUCGAUCAAUCUAUACCACUCCUUAAAAACGGUGCUAGCGUGUUGCUUCUUGGUGCAUUCUAUUUGCUAAGCAGAUACGCAAUCCAUUGUACAUGGGUGACAUCCGAGGCAUACUCAUCACCGUCAAUCGUGUUGGCUGCACGCGGGGCCCAUGGUCAGAGAGUGAUAUUCGACGACUACCGUGAAGCAUACUUUUGGCUUAGACAAAAUACUCCUUCAGAUGCUAAAAUAAUGUCUUGGUGGGAUUACGGUUAUCAGAUUACAGCCAUGGGAAACAGAACAGUUAUUGUAGACAAUAAUACGUGGAAUAAUACGCAUAUUGCUACAGUUGGGCGCGCGAUGUCUUCUUAUGAGGAUGAAGCUUAUGAGAUAAUGAGAUCACUCGAUGUUGAUUAUGUGUUGGUUGUUUUUGGUGGUGUUACUGGCUACUCUUCUGAUGAUAUUAACAAGUUUUUGUGGAUGGUGAGGAUUGGAGGUGGAGUUUUCCCUGUGAUCAAGGAACCUGAUUAUCUUGUUAACGGUGAAUAUCGUGUUGAUAAAGGAGCAGCUCCCAAGAUGUUAAACUGUCUAAUGUACAAGCUAUGCUAUUAUCGAUUUGGGGAGCUGACGACAGAAUAUGGAAAACCCCCAGGGUAUGACAGAGCAAGGGGAGUUGAAAUAGGGAAUAAAGAUGUGAAACUUGAAUACUUGGAAGAAGCAUUCACAACAUCAAACUGGAUAGUUAGAAUUUAUAAAGUUAAACCACCCACCAACAGAUGGUAAUUUAAGGAAUCUUGAGUUUGUGUGUCUUUUACAGGAUCUUUAUAGGAAUUAGACUGGUUUUUGACCAAGAGAAUGUCACAUGUUUUGUUGUGAUUAUGAGACUUUAGAUGAUUAUGUACUUGUUUGUUAUCCUACAAUCAACCGGAUCCAACCCGACCCGACUUGAGUACUUGACCUGAUAUGUUUUUUGUUUAAACA